AUGCGUUCCAUGCCCGUGUGGGUGGACACGGUCCACAACCAACAAGGCGAACGCCAGAGCAUCUACUCUCUGGCAUUUCGGCCAGAUGGCACGCAGCUCAUCGCCGGUGCCGGUGCUCGCGUUCUGGUGUACGAGGUUGCCGACGGCCAAGUGAUUGCCUCCCUCAAGGGCCACAAGGAUGUGGUGUACUGUGUUGCCUUCUCCAACGAUGGCACGUUGUUUGCCAGUGGCGCCGCUGACAAGACGGUCAUUGUGUGGGACGGCCGCACCCUCUCUGGCCAGCUCAAAUACAGCCACAACGACACCAUUCAAGCGCUGGCCUUCAACCCGCUCAACAACAUUCUCGCCAGCUGCUCCUCCUCCGACUUUGGGUUCUGGUCCAAGGACAUCACCACUGUUGAGAAGACGCGUGUAUCUUCCCGCAUCUGCGCAGCCAGCUGGACCAACGACGGCCAGUACAUUGCCCUCGGCCACUUCAACGGCAACGUCAGCAUCCGCAACCAGCGCGGGGAGGAGAAGGUGCUGAUUGACCGCCAGGGCCGCGGUCCCGUCUGGUCCCUCCAGUGGAACCCGAGCAAGAACGAGAAGACGGACACGCUCGCUGUCUGCGAUUGCAACCAGCGCCUCAGCUUCUAUCUCCUCAGCGGCCGCCAGAUUGGGAAGGAGCGUGUGCUGGACUACGACCCGUGCUCGCUGUCGUACUUCUCUGACGGCAACUACCUGGUGAUGGGCGGGUCGAACCGCAAGGCCGGGCUGUACACGCGCGACGGCAUCCACCUCGGCGACAUCUGCGAGCAGGAGGGCUGGGUCUGGUCUUGCGCUGCACGGCCUGGCCAGAACUACGUGGCGGUUGGCUGCCAGGACGGGACGAUUGCGCUGCACCACCUCGUCUUCUCCACCGUGCACGGCUUGUACCGGGAGCGGUACGCGUUUCGCCGCAACAUGACCAACGUCGUGGUGCAGGACCUCUCCGCCGGCACAGAGUCGCGCGUGCCGUGUCGGGAGCUCGUCAAGAAAAUUGCCAUCUUCAAGAACCGGCUUGCGGUGCAGCUGCCGAAGCAGAUCAACGUGUAUGAGAUGGAGGCGAUGGACAGCGGCAAACUCAAGUUCCGCCUCAUGUGCAAGCUGCGGCGCAACUUUGAGUGCAACCUGUUGGUUGUGUGCUCGAAGCACAUCAUCCUGUGCCAGGAGCGCCGCCUGCAGAGCUGGACCUUUGACAACCAGAAGGAGAGGGAGUGGAGCACGGAUUCGAUGAUCCGCUACAUCAAAGUCAUUGGCGGCCCCGACGGCCGCGAGGGACUGCUCGUUGGUCAGAAGAACGGAACGAUUCUGCAGAUCUUUGUUGACAACCCGUUCCCGAUUGAGCUGAUCAAGCAGGCCACCCCUGUCCGCUGCCUCGACCUCAGCUCCCAGCGCACGAAGCUUGCGGUGGUGAACGACCACGGGACGUGCCUCGUGUACGACUUGGCAACCAAGGACCUGCUGUACCAGGAGCCGCACGCCAACUCUGUCGCCUGGAACACCCAGAACGAGGACAUGCUGUGCUACAGCGGCAACGGCAUGCUGCACAUCAAAGCGGCCAACUUCCCGCUCCACGUGCAGAAGCUGCAGGGGUUUGUCGUCGGCUUCUCCGGCUCCCGCAUCUACUGCCUCCACGUCCAUUCCAUGAAGCCCGUUGACGUUCCGCAAUCGCACUCGAUGCACCAGUACCUGAAGAAGGGCGAGUAUGACGGUGCAUACCGCGUGGCCUUGACUCGCUCGGUGCCGAUGGAGGCACUUGAGGGCCUCAACUUUGAGGUUGCCAAGCAGUCAUUCAUCCGCGUCCGGGACAUCCGCUACCUCGACCUGAUCCACCGCAUCCAGGAGCGGGAGCGCAUGGGCAUGGGUGACGACCCGGACGUGUACCGUGCGCAGAUCUACGCGUACCAGGGACGCUUUGAGGAGGCCGCCAAGCUGUAUGCCCGCGCAGGGCAGCCUCGCCUCGCCAUGGAGAUGUACUGCGACCUCCGCCAGUUUGACCGCGCGAAGAAAUACGUUGACUCGUCCAACGCAGAGGAUGUGCAGGCGUUCAUGAAGAAGCAGGCCGAGUGGUCCAAGACGGCGAACGACCCGCUGCUUGCGAUUGACAUUCUGAACGCUGCUGGCGAGGAGAUUGCGUCUAUCAACAUGAUGGGCGAGAAUGGCAUGGUGCAGAAGCUCAUCGACAAGGCCCGCGCCACCAACAGCGCCGAGACGGAGGUCCUGAACCGCAUUGUGUACUGGCUGCAGAAGCUCGACCAGAUUUCCCUCGCCGCGGAAGUCUGCGAAAAGAUGAACGACAACCGCAAGCUUGUUGAGCUGUAUGUCUCUGCCAAGCGGUGGGAGGAUGCAUUUGCGCUGGCGAACCGCUUGAACGAGUUCCAGGAGGACAUCUACCACCCAUACGCGGACUGGCUCGCUGAGAACGACAGAUUCGACGAGGCACAGGAGGCAUAUCGGCUGGCAGGUCUCGAGGAUAAGGCCGUGCAGGUGCUGGAGGUCCUCGCACACAACGCCGUCAUUGAGCGCCGAUUCAACGACGCAGGCUUCUACUUCUGGAAGCUGGCGGACUACAAGCUCAAGGCGAUCAAGAGUGCUGCUGGCGACGAGGGCUUCGAUCUCGCAAAUCAGGACGAGGAAAUCAAGACUUACGAGACAUUCGAGCACCGUGCUGAUCUGUACCAAGCGUACCAUGCCAUCAGCCGCUACAUCGAAGAGCCAUUCACAUCUCACUCAACAGACAACCUCCUCUCCAUCUGCAACUUCCUCCUCAACGCCAUCUCCUCGGAGGUUCCGUUUGGCAUGUCCAAGUUCAAUGUUCUGUUUGCGACUGCCAAGCUUGGUCGCCAGCUAGGCGCCUUCAAGCUCGCCCGCAACGCCAUCGAGAAGAUGCGCACACUCAGGGUGCCUGCCACGUUCCGCGAGCACGUGAAUGUGCAAGCGGUUGCCAUCCGGUGCAAACCGUUUGAGGACGGAGAGGAUCUGCAGCCCGUGUGCUACCGCUGCUCACUCCCCAACAACCUCUGGGCUGGCUCCCUCUCCUGCUCAAACUGCGUCCACCCCUUUGUCUUGUCAAAGUACUCCUUUGACGUGCUGCCCCUUGUGGAGUUCUCACCAGACGUCGACAUCUCCGACGCAGAGGCGCUUCAGCUCAUCCAGGACGAUUCGACGCUCGGAUCAAAGCGUGGGAGCGGCAGCACCGUCACCAGCGGCGGUGCGCAGGUGAUGUCGAUGGACGACGAUGAAGACGAGGAGGAGGACCCGUUUGUCCAGUCGCUCGCCCGAUUUGAGAGCGGCUCGUCGUCCUACGAGAUUGUUCGUGUCGACCGCGAAAUGCUCAAGAAGAUGCCGUCAAACGAGGUGUUUGUGCAGCGUUGGGGUGCACCACUGCAGCACCGCUAUUACCGCAACGUGCUUGCCGACAUCGAAGUCACCAUGUGCUCGUCCUGCUUCAACUUCUUUGGCACCGACGAGUGGGAGCGUGUCACCCUCGAGUCCGGAAAAUGCCCUCUUUGCCGAGCCAGCACGGAUGUUGAUGAGGAAUCUGAAGCACCUGCUGCCGCGGCGAGCGGAUCAAAGGUCCUCCUCGGAUCCCAACCAGCUUCAUCGUCCGCGUAA